AUGGAUGAAACGAAAUGGAAAUCAGAUAAGGGGACCUCAAACAAUAUCUCCGCAGCCCAGAUCCAGAAUGAUUAUCAAGAGCGUCUACGUCAGGCCGAGCGUCAGGCCGAGCGUCAAGCCGAGCGAGAGCAGAGGGAAAGUGGCCAAGUCGAAGAGCAGUAUGAGGAUGAGAAUACUGGCGAGGCUCCCGAGGAAAAGAAGAAGAGGAAACGAAAAGAGGCUGCUACAUUAGCCAAAAUCAAACAGAGCAAAGAAUUUGCACGUCGCAAAGCUCGCAAGGGCGAUGACACGGAUGACGAUGAGAUAGCUCGAGACAUGAUGUUACAAAAGUCGAAGCCAUUGCCGGGACAGUUAGACAACUGCGAGAUUUGUGAGAAGAGAUUCACUGUCACACCCUACAGCAAGACCGGUCCAAACGGUGGCCUUCUUUGCGCCAAGUGUUCUAAAGAAUUGGCCAAAGAUGAGAAAAAGGCGAAGCCGAAGAAAACUGCUCCUAAGACGGGCCGUCGUCAGAACCAAAGCAAAUUACUAGAUGGCAUUGCUCAGCAAGGCGCUCCAAGUCUGGUGGAGAUGUGCAUAAAGAAAGUCGCAGACAACAUCAACGACGUGGAAGAGUUUGGUGACUUGCCUCCACAAUUACUCCAUCGUUUGAGUCAGAUUCUAUCCAAGAGACGAGUGCUCACUCCUCGGACACUUCAACUGUUUCUCCGUUCAGAUUUUGAUGCGAUCAAUAUCUACGAUUGUGGCAAACUCGAGACGGAUGAUUUUGAGAAGAUUUUUGCCUUUAUGCCGCAUCUAACACAUGUCAAUCUGCGCUUUGCAGGUCAAAUGAAAGAUAAAGUGCUAGAAUACAUGAUGGACCGUCAGCUCAAGAUCAAGCAUCUCCAACUCGAUGCAGCGAAUCUCGUCUCUGAUGGUUGCUGGAGACGACUCUUUAUGAAGCUUGGUGCUCAACUCGAGGGAUUGAGACUUUCAAAUCUCGAUUCUUCCUUCGAUGACGAAACUGUCGUGACCCUUACGAAACAAUGUCCAAAUCUUCGGCGCUUGAAACUAAGUCACUGCUGGAAAAUCGGCGACGAAGCGCUUGCUGCUCUGGGAAAUUUGUCCAGCCUCGAGCAUCUCUCACUCAACCUACUGCGAGAUGUGCAACAAACCAAUGUUGUCAAUCUCGUCGAUAAACUCGGACCUAAACUACGUACUCUGUCUCUACAAGGCUCUCACGACUGCGACGAUAAGCUACUGGAAACAAUACACACACGUUGCUCUCGGCUUGAAAAAUUGCGAUUGUCUGAUAACGCAGUCUGUACUGAUAAGGGCUAUGUGAAUCUUUUUACGGGAUGGUCGAACCCGCCUCUGAAGUUUGUUGACUUAUCUUCGACACGCGAUAUCGAUAACUCUAAUCCGGACGGACCAGCGGAACCUGUUGGACUGGCGUCAAAAGGUUUCGUGGCUCUGAUGGAGCAUUCAGGAUCCAAGCUAGAAAAAUUGAACAUCAGUUCGUGCCGUCAUAUUUCUCGUGAUGCCUUUGAAAAGGUCUUUGCUGAGGAUCGGAUCUAUCCUGCAUUAGCGGACCUGGACAUUUCGUUUCAUACCGUGAUGAACGAUUUCGUUGUCGCAUUACUCUUCAAAUGCUGUCCCGCGAUGAAGAAGUUGACGGCAUUUGCUUGUUUCAAUGUCGUUAACGUCCGCGUCCCAGCAGGAGUGGCAUUGAUUGGCGGUCUUCGAGCCCAAGACUCGAUCAUCGUCGAGGGAGACUUCUAA